AACACCAACGAAGAAGAAAGACGUUCCUGUAGACGUCGACGCUUUCGCCUGAAGCGCCAGUGGGCUACUUUACUUUACGUCUUAGAUCGUGUGUGUAUGUGUAUGCGUGUUUUUUUGGGAAAUGUCACGGAGUAUUUAGCAUUUGGAGAACUUUUCAUUAUGAAAUGAAACUGUCGGGAUUAAUUUAGUUAGCUUGUGGCUAACGGUUAGCCUGGAGAAAGCCCCAUUAGGCGCUGUUAGCUGGUAGCUGGUAGCUGUGUCAGUGUCAGUCCGGGGAUUUAGACGUCAGUGCCAACAUGGCAGCAGGUAACAAGGGUCCAGACUCGGCAGGUGAAGACAAGACGCCUUCCCGCAGACAGACUGACGUUAACAGGAAGUUGAAGUACAUCAGUUUGACCGUUUUAGUGAUCCAGAAUGCCUCGCUCAUCCUCAGCAUCCGUUACGUGCGGACGUUGCCAGGAGACCGCUUCUUCGCCACGUCCGCCGUGGUCAUGGCAGAGGUCCUGAAGGUCUUCACCUGCCUCAUCAUCAUCCUGUUCCAGAAGAGAGGAAAUAUCAGGGACUUUGUGGCCUUGCUGUAUGACUCUAUCGUGGUGCAGUAUUGGGACACGCUGAAGCUGGCGGUUCCGUCACUUAUCUACACACUACAGAACAACCUGCAGUAUGUGGCCAUCUCUAAUUUACCAGCCGCUACGUUCCAGGUAACAUAUCAGCUGAAGAUUUUAACGACAGCGCUCUUCUCUGUGCUCAUGCUGAGGAAGAGUCUGUCGCGCGUCCAGUGGAUCUCUCUGCUCCUCUUGUUCACCGGUGUGGCCAUCGUCCAGGUGGAGCAAGACGGCAGCAAGAAGAAGGAGACCAUCGUCUCGGCCGCCUCUCAGAGCUAUGUGAAAGGCCUGCUGGCUGUGGUGGUGUCGUGUCUGUCGUCGGGCUUCGCAGGUGUUUACUUUGAGAAGAUCUUGAAGGGCAGCAGCGCCUCACUGUGGCUUCGCAACGUGCAGCUGGGGCUCUUCGGGACGCUCCUGGGCCUGCUCGGCCUGUGGUGGAACGACGGCGCGCAGAUCGCCGAGAACGGCUUCCUGUUCGGCUACACGCCCAUGGUAUGGGGCGUGAUUUUUAACCAGGCGUUCGGCGGCCUGCUGGUGGCCGUGGUGGUCAAAUACGCCGAUAACAUCCUCAAGGGCUUCGCCACCUCCUUCUCCAUCGUGGUGUCCACGGUCACGUCUGUCUACCUCUUCGGCUUCCACGUGGACAUUCUGUUCACGCUCGGCGCUGGCCUCGUCAUCGGCGCCGUCUACAUGUACAGUCUACCCAAACCUGCGGCUCCGCCCUCCGGCGCCGGCUCCUUCCCUUCCUCUUCCUCCUCCUCUUCCUCGCAGACGGACGGGUUCCUUCCAAAGAGCCUAGAAAAGGAGAAAGGAAGCUAAAACAUGGAGAAAGAAGAGGAUGGGAACCUGAUGAACCUGAUGAGUCUUAGGGUGCUACUUCAGAUAAUAUUUCUUACAUUUUUUUUAAUAUAACGAAGUUAGUUCUUCCUGGAACACUACAGAAUGUACUGGAUGAUUGUUCUCUAACAUUUAAUGUAUUUUUGCUAUUUUAAAAUUCCACUGUGCCGUUUUUAUAUAUAUAUAUAUAUAUGCAGGCAGUGACUUGCAUAAGUAUUCACCCCCCUUUUCCAGUUUGAUUAUGUAUCACAAAUCUACACAAAAUAUUGUGUAUUGUAACACUACAGACUGUGGAAAAGUUCAAGAGAAAAGGUGUGAAUACUUAUGCAAGGCAUUGUACACUUUUAUUGGAGAUAUCUCUAUUUUUUUUUUUUUAGAUGUUAGAAGAUACAACCCAGAAAUUCAUAAAAAAAAAAAAAAGUUUCAUUAUGUCUGAAUUCUGCCCCGAGGGGGAAAAACAAAAUUGCUGCCUUUUCUUUUUAACAUUUCAUUUUCUCUCAUGCUCGUUUCUGUCUAAAGAAAAAUUUGUGUAAUUAAAAAAAGUAUUAAUUUUUAAUGUUAUAAUGACGUCUAUGUAAAAAGCAGAGGUUUUUUUUUUUCCUCUCUGCUUCUACACAGAUGUUUCAGCUCCUGAUCAUGGAAGCUUUAAUUCUACUCUUUUUAAAUACACUUUUAAUAUUAAUAGUGAAGACAUAAGACUGUGAAAAUAAUGUGGAAUUAGGUACAGAGUGGGACGAAAUGUUUUAAAGUACAUGAAUACGAUCUUUUAGGAUUGUUAUCAGCAGAGGAAAAGGGAAGAUGUGUAUUUUAUUUUAUUUUUUUUAUGGAGCUGAAUUCAUGAGAUAUGCAUCAACUUUAUUUAUAUUCAUCUCGGGAAGCACAUUUCAAGCUUUUUACUGUAUCUUUUUAAUGUUGUUUGCUUUUGUUUUUGUAACCAUCAUUUAAAGAUGUUCUUAAUGUUUAUAACACUAAGCUGCCUUACAUGAUGUCUGAAUAUAUAUAGUGUUCAUUUACAUGAAAAGAUUAAAUGAUACACUUCAAUAUUAGUUUUUUCAGAUCCCUUUCUGUGAUUAUCCAGUAGAUGGCUCUAAAACCUUUUUUUAUGUGAAGAAAAAGCUUCGGAUGCAUGCAUGCAUGAUUAAUAAAGAUCUGGAGCUGAGAAUUUCACCCUGCGGUGUGUAAUACACCGAGCCUGACGUUGAUUUGUGUGUGUACUAACAUACAGAGGCUGAGUUAAAACUCGUGCAAACAUGCAUCUGAGUGCAGAAAUUAAACUCUGGCUCCAGUACAAAGGCAAGCUAUUACUACAUUAGUAAAUAAUCUGCCUAAUUAAAAAAAAAAAGUUGGUUUGUGGUUUGUAAAAGAAAUCUGAGGGGGUCAGUUAAAAGGGUCUCUGUUUAAAAAAAAAAAAAAAAAAAGAAAGAAAGCCUGCCAUGGAGGGUAAAGAACAUCCGUAAUACACUGUUACUUUUAGGAAAUCUUAAGACUUGUUAAAUCAUUUUUGUUGGAGUUUUUUUUUAUACAUUGAUUUAAAUAUGUAAAAGUUUUUUUUUUUAAUUCAGUUUUUUAUUGAACAAUUUGUCAACGUACAAACAACAUGGCAACAACAAUACAUUCUUUAUAUUGGAACAAUAGGAUCAGGUGCAGAAAAGAACAAAUCAAAACAGACAAGAGCGAAAGAAAAAAGAAUUAAUAAAUGAAUGAAUUCAUUUAAGGGACUAGGGCUUUUCUGUAAAUCGUUUUUCUAUUAUGCUAAAAAAAAAAAAGUUUUAUUGCAUUUUUAUUUUUCAUCACAUUAAGGGCUUUUGUAUAAGGAAGAAACUCAUUAUGAAAUACACAAAACUUAGGUUUCACGUUCAAGUACUUUGAUUUGUGUAUAUAAAUUUUUCCCAGAAUUUAACAUAUAAAUAUUAUACUAAUAAAUUGGUCAUAUAGUCUAAGCACAGGGACUUUAAAUUUGUUGUGCGGUUUCCGGAAGCAGUGAGACCUCAUUAUGUGUAAAAAUUUUAAAAAAUAUUUUGAGGAAAAAGUUAUUUUAUAUAUAUAGUAAAUAAAU